CAGGUACCGCCAUGCACUAGAGUAGCGCAACCGUAGUGGCUGGAACAGGACAUGUUGAAACAAGCUGCUUAGAUUAGCUGUCUAUCACAAUUUAAGAUCAAGACGAGCCCCUGAGGUUGGACGGACCAUGGACCAGAGUAAUACCUCCGAGGAUGAUUCCAUGGGUCCUUCAGAGGAUGAAUCCAGCCAGUCGAGGUUUCCCCUAGAACUCUCCUACUCGGAGGCAGUAGAGGUGCUGUGGCAGGUUCGGGCCCAGCGGCGCCAGGCCAACCCAGUUCUUCCCGACACAGUGUCCCGUCUGACCACGCCUGAGGGCAGCAUUGUCUACCUGGUGGGCACAGCCCACUUCAGCGACAGCAGCAAGAAUGAUGUUGCAACGACGAUCCGUGCGGUGCAGCCGGACGUGGUGGUGGUGGAGCUGUGUCAGUACCGCGUGUCCAUGCUGAAGAUGGACGAAAAGACACUGCUGAAGGAGGCCAAGGACAUUAACCUGGAGAAGGUGCAGCAGGCCAUUAAACAGAAUGGGGUGAUGUCUGGCUUGAUGCAGAUCUUGCUGCUGAAAGUGUCUGCUCACAUUACUGAGCAACUGGGGAUGGCACCCGGAGGAGAGUUCAGAGAGGCUUUCAAAGAGGCAGGAAAAGUGCCCUUCUGCAAGUUCCACUUGGGGGACCGGCCCAUUCCUGUCACUUUCAAGCGUGCUAUCGCUGCCCUUAGUAUGUGGCAGAAAGCCAGGCUGGCUUGGGGUCUCUGCUUUCUGUCUGACCCUAUAAGUAAAGAGGAUGUUGAAAAGUGCAAGCAGAAAGACUUGCUGGAACAGACCAUGUCCGAGAUGAUUGGCGAGUUCCCGGCUCUGCACCGCACCAUUGUAGCUGAGCGGGACAUCUACCUCACACACACGCUCCGCCAGGCAGCUCGCUGUGUGGAGGCGCCCCCUAACAAUCAGAAAGUGCCUGCAGUGGUGGUUGGUGUAGUUGGCAUUGGCCAUGUGCCCGGCAUUGAGAAAAACUGGGACAAAGAGCUCAACAUACAAGAAAUCAUGAGUGUCGCCCCUCCAUCUCGCUUUGGUUGGGUAUUCCGCACCGUGCUGAAGGGAGCGGUGAUCGGCAUGCUGGGAUACGCCUGCUACCGGGCGGGAGGGGGCGUUGGCCGAGCCCUUCUCUCCUUGCCCGCUGUCCAAUCGCUGCUUGAGAACAUCCGGCCUCCAGCGGCCUGACCCCACCACCCCUCAAGCUGAAACUUCCUCCCACCCAACCAGGACAGGACGUUACCACGCACACCGUUAGCCUUACAGAUUGGGACUGCGCUGGGGGCACAACCGCCCUGGACACCGGUGGGCCCAGGGCCCCCCCAGCCUCUUCCAGUCUUCUGUCUGUACACAGAUGCAGGCGUGUACUGCCAAAGAACUUGGACAGUACUAUUCUAUUUUUUUCUUUAGUUCUUUGCUGUCGCUUUCGCCCAAAACAAGUGAAGUAUCUAUUGAUGCUUUUUUUUUUAUUAUUUGAAAAUACAUCAAGAUGCAUCUGAUGGGUAGCACAAAGACCUUACAGUAUACCUUACUUUCAAACUGGAAAGCAUUAGUUUAGCUGGACUGAUAUGUCACUCUUUUUAUGUCAGCCAUGUCGUGGGUUCAGCAGUUUCCCUAUCAUCCACUGCUCCUUGACCACUGCUGUUCAUCCUAUAACCUGUAGAAUUUUGCCAAAAUGAUAGUAUUUACCAAAUUGGUAGUUAUGUCCACCCCAUUGCUAAUAUGAAAAUUGAUUGCUUCCCUCAUAUGGUUAUGUGCAGGCCAUGUUUCAUGAAGAUGACCAAAGUCCUUUUGUUUGUCCUUUGUUUUUUUCCUGAUGUGAAUACAUUUUUAUGAUUUUUAUUUUCAUUGCAAGUGGGAAGGCUAUGGGUUGAAAGGUGAAUGCUUUUCUUCAUCUGAUGAGAAUUCUACUGUCUAAUGGUGGGAAACCAUUUUCUGUACAGUGUUCCCCCAGAAGAAUUUGGAAAGUUGUUUCUAAAGGAAGAACAACAUGGUUAGGGACUUGCAACACUUUCUGUAGAUCGUAGAGUUAACAGAUAAGUGCCUCCUGUUAAUUGUAUGCAUCCCUUUUGAAAGCAUAUAACUGAGUUGUAGUACUGUUGGAUGACAAGGUGGGGUUCUGGCUGAACUGCACACGGUCUCAUUUUUUAUAUUUUUUGUGGGCCCAUUGUUUGUCAUGGUUGUGACAUGCCUCAGACACCUGUGAGGCAUCAAGCUGCUUGGUCCUUAUGGCCUGGCGCAGGUUUCAGUAUCAUUUUAGAUGCGGUUAUGCACAGAGAUAGAAAUAUCUUACAGCUGUUGUUUCAGAAGGACCCAAGCGAGUUGUGCAUGCUACAAUCUGCUCAUGGCUACUCCAUGUGCUUUGCAGUCAGGACUGAAUAACUACAUGCAGAAAAAAACAGUUCAUAAAUAGUUGUUUCUGGACCAUUUGUGGUAAAAUGUCACUAUUCAUGCUUCAUUGCUCAAGGCUGUUUAUUACUGUGGUUGAUGAACAGGGCAGUGGUGACCAGAAGUAGUCGACUUUGUAAUGGAGCCAUGCAGUAGCAGGACCAGGUCUCCUACAAGUGAGGGGUUCAGUCAGGGAAAUAUGGAUCAGUAAAGAGACAGACAAACAGAUGGACAAAUUAUGUAUACACACACUGUCCAUCCCCAGUUCCACCCCCAUGGAAAUACUUGCUUAUACUUGCAGUAUUUCCCACCUGCAGGGGUGGAUGAUAUCUUAAGCAACUUCACCCCCCCCCCCCCUCCCCCCAAAAGCAAGCUAGGCAUUCGGUUGAUGAAAGACAGCUUUGAGUUUGGUGCUUUGAACUUGUGUGUGAAAGAAAUUAAUGCCAAUUCAAAAUACAUCCAGCCAGUGGUCACACUUGUAUGGCUAUAUUCAUGUAUAGGUUAUGAAAAAAAGCCUUUGUGCCAGUACAGUAGAGUUUAGUCACUAGAUUAGGAGAUUGGAGCCACAAUGCCAUAAAAUACAUUUUAUUUCAGUCAGUUUAUUUGGAAUUUUGGACAAAUGAGAUUAUUUAAAAUGCAUGACGUGUCUUGACCGAUGAAAUUAGUACGAUGCUUUGUGUUGCAAUAUGACCUGUUGUGGGUUAUUGUGGUCGGACGGGAAAUGGUCCAAGACAACAUUGGAACAAAUCCUGUACGGAUUUAACACCUAUCUAGGGAGGAUGGCUACUCUUCUCACUCAGCGAUCCUGUAAUGGCCACAGACUUGGAUUUGGGGCUAUGGUGACUGGGAAAAAGCCUUAUUCAACAUACAUUGCUGCCUUUUUAAACCUAUAGAUUGCCUCUGUAUUCGUCAUGGCUUGUUUAUCUCUUAUGCUGUUGUGUGUGUGUGUGUGUGUGUGUGUGUGUGUGUGUGUGUGUCUGUGUGCAACACUGGGGUGAAUCAGUGGGACGUGAUUCCUGUGAAUUACUUGAUCUCACACUUGGGAUGGAGUGAAAUGUCCUUUUUCUUCUAAUGAAUGAACGCUUUUUGAAGGGAUUGUGUUUUUAAAGCAUUUAAGAGUUAAGAGUUGUUACUUGCCGAUUGAAACACUCUUUGUUAGGAACUGUAUUGUGAGAGCUCACUGACUGCCAGCAACUAUCCUGACUUGUCAGAGAUCUUAAUUUAACCCUUUUUGGGGUGAAAAAGCACUUUUCAUUCCACAAUGUUUGCUGAACUCCCUCAAUGGACAAAGAACUAUGCAUAUUGAGCCAUGGUUUCUAAGAAUGCAUGACAGAUCUGCAUUGAACUAUCCCGUCAAGAAAAGUGACCUGCUGUUGAUUUUUGCAUGUCAGUUAUGGAGCAGAAGGACUGAACUCCAUACAAGUCUUGACAUUUUGGAGGACAAACCCAUUUUUAUAUGCCAAGGGCUCAUUAUUGAUGAAGCUGUUGGUUGCGCUCACAUUGAUUUCUUUUCCAAUGUUAUGUAAUACAUUUGGAAAACCCUUAUAGCUUAACAUCUUGAAUGGAUGAGGGGUGGUGGUAGUCUAUUUAUUCAUGUAGAACCAACUCCAUAAAAAUAAUCUGUUUCUGUCCCUUUGGAUUUGUUAUCCCAAACAUGCCAAAUUUGAAUUGUAUCUUAAUAAAAUCUGUAUUGAACCUCUACAGGUUUUAUAUUAAAACAUAUUAUGUUUGA